UUCCCUCGCCAAAGAACAAACCAUUGCAAAAGUUAUGGGUGUUUUAUAUGAAAAAAUUUCAAGUACAGGAUCCAAAGUAAUGGAAACAGAAAAAUUAAUUGAAAAUAACAAAAAUUUCAAGGCAAAAUAAGUACCCUAACAACUCUUCAGCGAAGUUUUAUAGAAAUGGCCCUCAGAAAUUAAAAUAAACACCCUAAUGGUAGGCGAUUUACAAGAAGUGAAAAGCUGUUGUGUCUUUCAAUUUAUAAAAGAUCGGCUGCAACAUAUAAAUACUUAGGAACUUUUUUGCCACUUCCAAGUCCAACAUCAGUGAACAAGCUACUCACCCAGAUUCGUUUUGAUACCGGUGUAACUCAGACCAUGAAAGACCUACUGAAGGAUGCUGCCAGAAGAAUAACUGAUGAGCUUGAUAAAGUCUGCGUUCUCAUGUAGGACGAAGUUUCUCUGAAAUUGCAUUUCCAGUAUUCUGCACGAAAAACCAAAAUUAUUGGUUUUGAGGAUUGGGGAACAAAUCGAACCAAUAAGUAUUCAGAUCACGCUCUUGUAUUUAUGUUAAGAGGAAUGAAAAAUGGCUGGAAAAUUCCUCUUACAUACAACUUUUGUGGUGGACAAACAACACACGAACAGUUAGCGUGGUGUAUUAAGGAUGUCGUCAGAGCCGUAACCGCAGCUGGAUUUAAUAUCGCAGCCACAGUUUGUGAUCAGGGAUCAUCUAACAUUAAAGCAAUUAAAUUGUUACAGAUAGAUACGGACAAAGUCAGAUUGGACAAUUCUCAUCGAUAAUGUCGAAAUUAUUCCUUUAUAUGAUCCACCACAUAUACUAAAAUGUAUAAGGAAUAAUCUUCUGACCAAAAAUUUGAAUUUGAGAUGAAGGCGAACGCUGCAGUGUAAGCAGGUGUUCAGUAAAAAAUAGUCCCAUUUCAUGGAUCUUCUUUCAAGAUCACCAGGAGCCUGGGAUACGGCAAUUUAUGAAAUAUUAAUGCCUCCAGAAGCUUGGCAAACGGCCUACGUGCUUCAAUUAUUGAACUACAUAGGGGAUGGAAUUAAUGGCGACGAUUGCGGUCUUCAUUCUCGUCGGAUUCCAUGGACUAAGAAUUCUUACCACGACGAAUUUUUUGGAGAAGCUCGGGCAGCAUUAAAAAAAAUGCAGUUUGUUGAUCGAGAAACGAAGAAGCGGUCCCAGACAAAUGCACUGUGCUUACCAAAUUUGAUUGACACUCUUCAAGGCUUUCGAAUGUUGUGGAAAAAGUUGCAAGGUCUUGCUUUUAAAAGGUUCUGCACUAGAAACCUGAAUUAUUGCAUGUACAGAUUCACUACUGCAAGGAUCAAGUGAUCAAAAUCAAGAUCUUUCAGAACAGGUGGACGAAGUGGAAGAUUAUACACAUGAUAAUGAACUAUCGAAAGCCUUCCAAUUCCCGAGAAAAGUCACAUCUACAGUCACUCUGGGGACAAUGCAGACCUUGCCGGCUGCUGCACCUGCAGUCAAAUCAUGCGCCACUUGCUCUGAAAAUAUGAAAACGAAGGCUACUAAAAAUUCGAAAAGUACUUGCUUUCGAGACGUGCAUUUUCAUGCAAAGCGAAUUCUGGGUAAAAUUCUGCCUUAUUACUUGCCAAACACAGACUUCGAAAAGAAAGCAGCAUUGUGGCUUACACCAAAAUUGAAUUUCUCUUUCCUUUCGUGCUCGCAGCAUAAAAAAGAAAUUGUUAAAUGUUUCAAGAAAAUUUGCUUCGAAAAAUUCUUUCAAUCGACUUUGACUUUUAUUAAUCGAGUUUUUAGAGAGAGAAUUAUACCUAGAAACGAAAAUCUGUCUCCCCCGGUUAAGCAAGCACUAAACUGUUAUUUGAAAACUCAACACAAGGACAGAAGAACAGAAAUGCU